AUGGUGAGGCGCGGUCGAGAACUGGAAAGACUCAAGAAGCAAUAUUGCACCGACAAAGACGCAAAGCAGCAAGAGGAGUCGGACUUUGACCACUUGAACGGCGACAAUGAUGCGUCCCCUUCCUCCGUCCAUCAACCCGACUCUCCCACUGUCGUCGAACCUGGGCCCAAGUUGCCUCGCCUCCCUGCCUUGAACCCCCGCGUUGAUAGAGUCGAAGAAGCGCCCAUCUCACGUCGUCCAGCCGCCAAUUCCGACCCCGCAGGCGAGUCUGCAAUUCCAUCGAUGCCAGUGCGGCCACGCGAGACGACCCUCUGCAGCGGCCAGGACUUUGAUUGCAACACCGGACCGCCCACAUCGGACGAGCUCCCAGAGACAAGCGUAGGAAGUGCCACUCAACGACCACAAGCACACACACCAGUGAGAAGACGCUCGUCACGAGUGCAACUUGCUCGCCAGCUCUACGCUGGGGCUCUAGAAGCCGACGGGAGACGGCCCGCACACAUGACAAUCCCAUCAACUGUCCGGGAAGAAGCCGACCACUUCAAUGUCAAGUCCUUCCUUGAGCAGUGUAUGACCCUGCUUGGUCGAAUGAUCAACAUUCCCCUCAUAGCCGUGGAAAACAUCGUCGGAAGCAAACUUUUCGUACCGUUGCUGAUGCUUGCUGUGAUGCUGGGGUGGGUCUGGUACUUCUUCUCACGCCUCGAGACCGGAAUAUGGGCUUUUGGGAGUACCGUGGGCAGUGUCUGCAGUGGUGGUUUAGGCGGCCUCCAAUUCGUGGUGAAGCAUACCUCCAAGCUCGGCAACGCCCUCCAUCGGACUUUCACUCUGGUCAAGCAGUCGAGACCGCCCGUCGUCGACGGCACCAACACGACAGCUGGUAACGAGAACACUGGACUGUCCACAUAUGUAAGCAUCCUGUGCACGACCUCUCUGGUUGGGUGGUUGGCGACCUUACUGCAUGUUCAGUGCACGCCAACAAUAGACUGGGAUCGAUCCCACCUCUUUGGGGCGCUCAACAACACAUCGUUCGAGUUGGAUCACUGGGCUGGCAUAUCGGUGGUCCUCGCUCCAUACGUCAACACCUGUCAGCUGGCUCCCAUCUCGCUCGACACACAACACAAGAUGAUCGAGUACAGCCAGGUCUCCUUCAAAGACAAGGACUUGCUUUUAGGCCACAUGUGGCAAUACCGUGGAGACCUCUACAGCAGCGGUCGUUGUCUGCAUAAGAUCACCCUCACAACAGACACUCUGAUCAAAGUUAUGGUAUACAAUCUCCGCGAUGUCAAUGAAGCCUUGCAGGCCACUCCACAGAUGGACUUUGGUUGGUGGAGGCCCUCCAAGAAGAAGGCCAGCUAUGUCAUAGGAGCCAUAGAGGAACUCCUGGAGACAAUGGAAAUAGAGAUGACGGACCUUAUCAAGCAGAUCGGCCAGUGCACGUUGGUCCUUGGUAAUGCUACCCAUGAGGGCGAAAGGUUCCAACGCCUGAUCCGCAAGGGACACAAAGAAGUCAACGACCGCAUCAGCGAGAAGCGAGGCCUAUUUCGCAAACCUGAUGUCGCCCUGUCCGAGAUGGGCCAGUACCUCUCGACCGCUUUGGAGCUUCCCACCGGACAGAUCCUGCAGAUGCUCCAACAUGCAGUGGUCAGGCUGGAUCGACACCGAGACGAUGUUUCACAAGCCAAAAAGACAAUCCACCUCGCACACGAACUGUCUCGUCGAACUGGGAUGGGCCAGCUACUCGCCUUGAUGCAAGACUCUUUUGCCAGUCUGAGCAAUGUUCGCGGUAGACUUGCCCUUGCUCGAGGACAGCAACAGCAGGAAUUCGAGAAACAGGCGGCUGAGGGUCUGUUCAAAUCUCCGCUGAUUUGAAGGUGCCGGGUCGAUCUCGUGGAGGCUUUGUGGAAGAGAGGUGUACUGUGUUUGAAUCAAUCGCCAACGUAAGGAAGCCUCCUGGGAGCUUGACGGUGCAGGCAUGAGCCCUAUUGUCCGCCAUACGAAGCCGAUACGGCGCUUUCCUGCUCGACAAAACUGCUCAUGACAAUUUGCUUUCACUCCGUCACCUGUUCUUCCGGUAUUAUUUGUUUUCUAUCAGGGGAAACUAAAGGGCGUCGCUCCUUGUAUGUCUCGUUUGGAUUAGUGAUCGAAAAUCGUG